ACAUGACAAUGUCAAACCGCUUUCAGUCAGCUGUCUUAAUCUUAUGACAGUCUUUUCGUUUUUCAGGUUUUCUGACAUUUUCUGAUUUAGGUGCUAAUAACAACCUCAGCAUAAGGUCACAACAAAAAUAUCUGCAAAAUGUUAGGCCGUACAUUGUUAACAAGGGCUUUAUUCAUAAAAUCACUAAAAGAUGCUACUUCUAACAUAAAACAAGUAAAGAGGAAUGGCAGUCAUGGUGCUUGGGUGUACCGUGUUCCUCCUCCUCCGCCAUCUAAGAAAAUAGUUUACUUAGCCGAAGUUCUGGGAGGAAUAUGUUGGUGGUGGAUUCUAUACCACAUUGCCACUGAACCUGAACACAUUUUGGGUGACUGGCCAUAUAUAGAUCCAAUCACUUGGACGGAUGAAGAGUUGGGUGUUCCUCCGGAUUCCGCAGGGCCACUAAAAAAUUAAAUUUAAAUGUACAUGGCAUAUUGUUAGUAGUGUAAUAUAAUUUGUGAAUAAAUAUUAUUAUUUAA